CCCAAUUGUAGGCCAACGGAUUCUUCCGUUUUCUUAUUUCUUUUUUCUUUUCGUUCGGACUACGCCAUUUCUUUACUCCGCUUCAAAGCGCCGAUCAGGGAUCCAGCAGGACUCACUUUUCUCUUCCCUUGCUGUUUAUUAUUAUCAUUAUUAUAUUUGUUUUGAAGAGCUGCUCCAAGGCUUUCUAAAGACGCCUCCGCUUUUGCUUCGACUUGUCAAGUCUGUGUUUUGAAAGAAAAAAAAAAGGAACAACGAAACCAAACGCGUUUCUUUUUUCGAACUGCAUGGCUUAACCGGGCAAUGAACUCGCAAAGGAAGAGGACGCGCGUGCCAUCACCCCAGCCGAUCUUUCACUUCGAAGAGCGGGGGUGUCACCUUUUUGCUGUCAAGGGGCGGCGAGAGGUUCAUUCCAAUCACACCUACCUGUAACCCGAUCGGUGUGCACCUCCUUGGGCUGCCAAGCGAUAAUACAGACUGAAGUUUUGUUAUCAUUAUUACUGUUUUCACCGUCUUGUUUGUUUUCUUGGAGACGACUUGCCUUUAGUUGCUGGACUGUUUAUUUAUUUAUUUUUCUGGUCGAUGUACGUAAUCGGCCGUCUUUGGCAAGUGGAAAAUGCGGAGCGGAGCUGGAGCCGCGCGCUUACCGUGGAGACACGCCGCACAUCGCUGACAUUUCUCCACUGCUUGGCAUUCGGGUCCUGAUAUUAUUUCCUGUAUUUACCUUCCCUCUCUCUCUCUCUCUCUCUCUCACUCACUCACUCACUCACUCUCUUUGCAUUCUGCUCAAGGAUCUCAUUGGUGUUCGCGAUGGCGUGAAGACUGGAAGGCUCGCUCGCUGUUGCUAAUGGUUGUGUAAACUCUUUCGAAUUUUGUCUGUUUUGCAAUCGGAGCACGCACAAGUCCUGGAGAUCUUGAAGCAUGGCAGAGAGCGCCCGCCUGAAGCACCAGGGGGGCAGCCCGACUGGGAGUCCCCAGGCUGGCCGAAAGAAAACGCAACCAUCCCCGGGCUCCAGAGCCAAGCCGCAGUCCGGCGCCCCCGGGCACAGCUUCAAAAAGGUGACCCUCACUAAGCCCACCUUCUGCCACCACUGCACCGACUUCAUCUGGGGUCUGGCCGGCUAUCUCUGUGAAGUGUGUAACUUCAUGUCCCACGAGAAGUGCCUCAAGCAUGUGAAGGUCGUCUGCUCCAGCUUGGUUCCAACAUUAGUACGGAUGCCAGUCUCCCAUUGUUUUGGUCCUCCUGGCCACAAGAAGAAAUUCUGCGCCAUCUGCAGAAAGCAGUUGGAGGAGAGCUCCACUUUACGCUGUGAAGUGUGUGAGCUACAUGUGCAUGUGGACUGUGCUCCCUUCAGCUGCAGUGACUGCCGGCAGUGUAACCACGAUGGCCACCAAGAUCAUGAUACUUAUCAUCACCACUGGAGGGAAGGCAACCUGUCAUCAAGUGCUCGCUGUGAAGUCUGUAAACGAACCUGCGGCUCCUCUGAAGUGUUGUCUGGGAUGAGAUGUGAAUGGUGUGGAAUUACAGCUCACGCAUCAUGUUUUGGAAUCAUUCCUCCUGAAUGUAAAUUCGGCAGGCUAAAAAAUAUGAUCCUUCCCCCACACUGUGUGCGGAUCUGCUCCCGGAAUUUCAGCAAACAGCACUGCUUCCGGAUCUCGGAAACGACCAAUACAGAGUCAGAGGAGAAUGAUGAUGUUGACACCGUGAGUGCUGGAGCCCAGAAAGAAUCCCAAACGACGUCCUCAGUAGACUCAAGUAAACAGAGCGUCAAGAUCUUUGAUGGCAACGACGCAGUGAAGCGCAACCAGUAUCGGCUCAUAUCAGUUCCACGGAUUUCCAAAAACGAAGAUGUUGUGGAGGCGGCUCUGAGGGCUUACUUCAUUCCCGAUGAUCCUCAUGACUACGAGCUGCAGGUGUAUAGUCAGCAAGUUCUAGUCAGCGAAGAUAUCAUCAACCGAAACGGGUCCAUGGAGAACACAAAGUCUCAGUCUGUGUUUCGGGAGAGCAUUCCAGAAGCCUGGGUACUCCGAGCCAAGCCCAAGGACUGUGAAGUACUCAAGAUUUUUGCUGGCUGGCUAAAGCUGGGAGUAGCAUACAUUUCCAUCUCCAUCUCGAAGAGCAGCACAGUAGAAUCUGUGAUUAAAGAGGUCCUCCUGCAGCUUGGACGUCAGGACGAGGACCCCCAAGGGUUUCAACUGGUUGAAGUAUACAUGGGAAGUAAGCAAGUCCAGCGACAAACGCUGACCAAUCAAGAACUACUACUGGAAAAACUUCAGGAAAUAAGAAAGAUGUCCCUCCGUCAGAUGAACCAGACCCGAUUCUACAUCGUGGAGAACAGAAACACCGUAGUGCAGAUCUGCUUGAUGGUGUGCGGACUUCCCCCUCAACUGAAAGCUGAUGAAUACAUGGACCUGCUGCAAGACCACCUUGCCAUCAAAACUCAUCUUGUUUCCGUCACUCAUGUGUACCAGGGACAAGGUGCCGUGGUCCUUCAGAUCUCCUGCUUUUCGGAGGCGGAGCGGAUAUAUAUGCUGGCUAAAGACACUUCAAUCAAUAAUAAGCAGUUGUCUGCAGUCAUAAUUCCUGAAGUUCUGACCAAUAAGCUGGCUCAAGAGUGCUGUCCAUUACUGACAUUUGUGAACCCCAAAAGCGGAAGCCUCAAAGGACGUGACCUUCUGCACAACUUCCGAAAGCUUCUGAAUCCACACCAAGUGUUUGAGCUGACCAGCUCAGGGCCACUGGCAGGGCUGCACACUUUCCGGGAGGUGCCAUACUUUCGUAUACUGGUAUGCGGAGGAGACGGCACAGUUGGCUGGGUGCUAAGUGUUCUGGAAGAGGUCCGACACAAGCUGACUUGUCCAGAACCAGCAAUAGGAAUUAUUCCACUUGGAACAGGGAAUGAUUUGGCCAGGGUGCUUCGUUGGGGAACGGGUUACAGUGGAGAAGACCCUUACUCCAUCCUAUUGGCUGUGGAUGAAGCAGAGGAGGUGCUCAUGGAUCGGUGGACUAUCCUGCUAGACGCACAAGAAGCCGCUGACAGUGGCAAGGAGAAUGGCAUCUCUGAGCCAGAGCCGCCAAAGAUUGUACAGAUGAACAAUUACUGUGGCCUGGGGAUUGAUGCCGAAUUGAGCCUUGAUUUUCAUCAAGCGAGGGAAGAGGAACCCGGGAAGUUCAACAGCAGGUUUCACAACAAAGGUGUUUAUGUCAAAGUCGGCCUCCAGAAAAUCAGCCACAAUAGAAAUCUUCACAAAGACCUGAAACUGCAGGUAGACAAGCAGGAGGUGGAGUUGCCUAACAUUGAAGGACUCAUCUUCCUUAAUAUUCCCAGCUGGGGUUCUGGUGCUGACCUGUGGGGGUCAGACAGUGAUGUCCGCUUUGGGAAGCCCCGUAUUGAUGACAGUAUGCUGGAGGUAGUGGGUGUCACUGGAGUGGUUCAUAUGGGCCAGGUGCAGGGCGGCUUGCGUUCUGGUAUCCGAAUUGCUCAAGGAUCCUACAUCCGAGUGUCUAUUAUGAAGCCUAUUGCUGUUCAGGUUGAUGGAGAACCUUGGAUUCAACCCCCGGGACAAAUUAUCAUCUCCGUAGCUGGGCCAAAGGUUCAUAUGUUGAGGAAGUCCAAAGUGAAGCAAAAGAAGCAGUCGGGAAGUUUGAAAGAGUCCAGGACUGAGAGCCUCAUUCCCCCAGAAGGAGGCAACUGAAAACCGAGAGUGAGAGCAGAAAGUUUUGCAGAAUCUUUGGCACAUGAACCAUAAAACUGGCAGCAGGGAGAUGAUCAAGGCAGCCAUCUCAAAAUCACUUCCCGCUCAUUUUUUUUGUUUAAUUUAACCAUUCCACCACACCAUGACCAGGAUAAAAAAAAAAUGUAUGGGGCUCCCAUUUACUGUAUGAUGAACUAAGUGGGCAUCCAGGUGGCAGUCAUUUAUGGACUAGACCUACGGACACCGCGUCUGCGGUCUGUUCAGAUAAAGGGAAGUGUACGCUGCAUCAGUGGAAAUGGAACCAAAAAAAAAAACUUCAGUAAACUGUCAUGAGAAAUCCACUGGAUUGGAGCUAACACAUUUUCCAAGUAAAUCUUAUUAAAUUAUUAUGUAUUUUUUUUAAUUGGUGUCAACACACUAUUGUGCCUCAUAUCAGCACAUUUGCGCAUUUAAUUUUUUUUUUGUUUUAUUACUUUUAUUAAUUCCGUGCCAUGCUUGAAUAAGUUCUACUGAUCAACCAUGGCUUGCACAGCCCACCCCGUCAGUACUGUUUACAUAGCUGUGGACUGCAGUGGGAAUAAUUUUAGGAGCAGAGGAACGUAGUGUGUGUGUGCGUGUGUGUGUGUGUGUGUGUGUCCGAUCUAUUUAAAGGAUGCGAGUAGAAUAUUUAAGGAACACUGGAAAAUAAUCUGCUUUAAAGAAAAAUAAAUUCUAUUUAUGAAGAUUAACUUUGGGGAUGACCUCUAAAAUGUUUGUUAGAAAGUCUUUCAGUGAAAGUGUUUUAGUUUCUUAUACACAGCCUGCUCUAGUGUUCAUGUUGCCAUCCAUUAGGGGAAGGCAAAGGUUUAAGCUCAAUGUGGUGAGUAUAAACUUCACUCACAUGAUUAAAAAAUAUAUAUUUGGUUUAGUUGGACAUUAUUUUUUUGACUUUAACUAGGCAGUUUUGCACACUAAACAUUUUAGUGCUAUUGAAGAACAAAAAAAAAAAAAAUAAAUCAUGUAUCGUUUCAAUGUGCAAGCGCAAAUUCCGCCUUAAAGUGAUGUGAUUGGCUGCCCCAUUUUAUGUUCGGUAUCAUAACUAUUUGAUUUCUCUUUUUUAUAUCAGGCAGCGUUGGUUCUUUUAGAGCAGGGGUCCCCAACUCCAGUCCUGGAAGGGGCCGCGGUGGCUGCAGGUUUUCAUUCUAAC